CCCACACCGACUGUGAGAGUGAAUCCUCAGAGCUCCGUCUACACUGGAGACACCAUCACUCUGACCUGUGAGCUGCGGCAGUCGACUGGAUGGGAGAUUCAAUGGUAUAAAAAUAAUCCGCAGUUACAGCCUCUGUACAGUGAACAAACAAACACACUUAAAAUGACAGUCAAUAAUGCAGGAGAAACAGAGUACAAGUGUCGCGCAUGCAGUAGAAAUUACGAGAGUGGGUACUACGGCUACUACUACUACUGCACAGAGCUCAGUGAUCCUGUCAGGAUUACAGUGAGAGCAAGACCUAAACCAGUAGCAUCCAUAGAUCCUGAUAAACCAGUGUUCAGUGGAGACGCCGUCACUCUGAGAUGUGAAGUACAGGAUGAAAGCUGGCAGUACAGCUGGUAUAAAGAUGAUUCACGCAGUUCUGUCAGUAGUGAACAGGUGUACACAAUCAGUGGUGUUGAAGUGACCCAUACAGGUAAAUACACCUGUAAAGGAGCAGAGAGACAAGGCUCACGCUCCUCACACUUCAGUGAUGCUGUUACACUGACUGUAUCAGAGAGACCAGGGGCAGUACUGAGUGUAUCUCCACAGAGCUGGCUGACUGAAGGAGACUCAGUGACUCUAAGCUGUGAGAUUACAGACUCCUCUACAGACUGGACAUUCAGCUGGUACACAGCUGUUCCCUACAGAGAUGGCUUAACUCAAAUAAAACAUAAUCAUGGCUAUAUCAUGUAUGUGGAGCUCCUCUCAGACAGCAGCAGAGGAUCUGGAGGAAAAUACACUCUCAGUCCUGCUGCUCUUAAUCACACAGGAGUUUAUAUGUGCAGAGGAGAGAGGGGAGAACCAGCCUUACACACACAGUACAGCAAUCCACAGCCACUAUGGAUCACUGGUGAGGAAAAUAACAGUGAGUUUAGGUUAAAUAGUAAAGGUGUGGAUGUGUGAAUGUAAGAAGAGAUUCAUGCAACAUUAAUUUAUUAAUAUGUAUAAGGAAGUUAAAGCAUGCUGAGUGCUGGUAGAAUUUUCCUCUUUGUGACAUUGGUGAAAAAAGCCAUGUGCUGUGUUUGUGUGCUGUCUCCGUCCCUCAUCUAGUCAUUGGUUUAUUUUCCUGGAAACAAAGAGGACUAAGGAGAUGAUUAAGGAUUGAGGAUCUAUGGACAGGAGGAUUUUAUUAUAAAAGCCAGAAAGCCAGAACAGGUCAAAGAGAUGUGACUGAAUAUACAAAGAACAUGUUAAUAAGAAGCACAAUAUUCUGGGGUUGUUUGUUUGUUUAUUUGUUUGUUUGUUUGUUUUCAGAAAGCUUGCCAGAAAGACAAGACCAUGCCUGCUUCAGAUUUAAACAUGAAUACAAACACAGAUAUGGCUAUUAGGAGAACUACACAGUUGCAGAUACAGAUGAUGUCAUUAUGUUACACUGUUAGUGAACACAAUACAAAUAGCAGAGCUGUAAAACAGGCAAGGGUCAAACACAGUAAAGUACAAUAUAAGAGAGCAGAGGGAAAAUCCAAAAGAGUAAUCAAAAGCAAAGGGUCUAAACACAGCAA